CACAGUUGUGUUUGGUUCAUUUCAGCCCACUACUCAUUAUGAUCACAGCACCGUGUUUCGCGUGAACAGCUCACUCGCCCAUUUCAUUGGUGCCCGCUGGAAGCUGGGAUGGGCACCAUUCUGCAGGAGCAAGUGGCACAGCGGUGUGCCGAGAGGCUGUCCAGCAGGGAGAGGAAAUGGAAGAAGGAUCUGUGGAGCAUCGGGCCUAAUGUGGGCAGUAACAUAAUGGGAAGGCGGCAGUCUCAGAGGAAGUCCACAGCGCCGCAGCACGCGCUCCCAAGUCAGGAAAACAACAGCGAGAAAAGGCUGCAACAGAGAAGAAAGCACAAGUCUAACAACUCCUCAGCUAAACGCAAUACUUCUCAACUCAGCGCUCACAGAUCCUCAGAGUCAAAGCCUCUUCCAGUGUCCCCCACAGAGGGCAGGAUGGAGCCAAAGGUGCUGCCGGUCACUAAGCGCUCCAGCCACAGACAGCACAAGCAUGCGGGGAGCAGAGAGGGCAAACACACAGCGGCCGUCUCCCACCACUGCAUGUGUGGUUGCAGCACCGAGCAGCUGGAAAGACGCUCGCCAGAACUGGAGAUCGGACGCCUGAGUCGCCAUGGAGAAGAUGACAGCGACACCGACUUGUCUGAGUCAGAGAGACUUCCUGUGUCAGCCUGCGGUCGUGUUCCUCCUCGGCUCGAGCUCAGGCCAGAGGUCAUCGAGGCCGAGGACUGCUCCUCUCGCAGCCACAGAUCCAAUUUGCAGAGCCACGGAGGUUUUGACUUCCCAGACUUCCUCCCUCCACCUUUUAAUUCGUGGAGCCUGAGUCAGCUGGCUGUUUUCUACAACGUGGAAGGCCGAGGUACCCCCCGGCCCAGGCCUGUGGGCCCUUUGGAAAGGUAUCUGGAGAAGCUGCUGCAGCUGGAGUGGCGUCAGAUCCAGACGGUCCAGGAGGAGAGCGGGAAGUCGGCAGUAUCAGAAGUGAUAUCCAGCUGUCACAGGUCCCCUGCUGCCGCUACAUCACGUCUCAGCUCUCCCAAGUGCAUCCUCCAGUGUCAGCGUGCCUUCCCCCUCACUUUCCUCUCCUCCCUGGCUAGUCACUCCGCCCUCCUCUCCGGCUGCGCCUGCACUCUCUGCCGGAUCCGCUGCUCCCGCUGUAGUGCGCCAUGCUGUUGCUCGACUUACAGCCACAACCGUCAGUCCAGGCCGAGUGCUCCGCUAGAGCCCAAAAUACUCCCGAAAAGGAGCUACAGCGAGAGCCGGGUGCACUCCUCAGACAGGCGCUCACAAGCCCAAAGGUUCAGCAGCCCUGUGCGGACCAACAGCCACCUGAGGAGAAUGCAGGCAUCAGGAAACAUCCGCAACCCCGUCCAAGGUGCCGCCACCAGCCUUCAACACACUGCCAGCGACUGUAAUGAGGUUGCCCGGAAGGGGGAUGUGUGGGACUACAGGAUGGGCGGGUUUCGGAGGAGGAGCGGCUCAGAGCAGAGGAGAGGCGGAGGAGACAGGAAACAGAACGGAUGGGAGAAAAAACGGAGCGGCUCCGAGUGUAGAAAAGGCGGAGCUGAGAGGAGGAGAGCGGCUAACCUCAAAGAGCAGGAAAUAAAACCUGACGCUGUCACUGCAAUAAUAGACAAUUUACCAGGAUCCAAAUAUUCUCCUAUACAGAGGCCAAGCAGGCCCAAACAGGUGGAGUUUGUCACAUAACAGCAGGCGUAGUGAUGAAUGUGUAAUCUGAAUGUUACACACUGUCAUCACCUUAAAGUUUUGUUAUGAAUGUGCAGUCAGCAAUACUGUUCAUUUGUUAAUGUGAUGUUAUUUCUCUGUGUGGGGGAUGUUUACACAGAUGUGGGAGAGAGCCGCUGGACAUCCAAGUUUGAGAAGUUUGUGCUUUAUUUAAAAGAGAUGGCAUCGUGUACUGUAUGUGAUCAUAUGAUAUGAUUUACAGCAAUUCAGGUUUAUUAGUCUUUUGGAUGAAGCAGCAAACAUCACCAAAAGUUAUUAAAGAAUA